CUUCGUAGACUUUGACUCCCCAACACAACAUGUCCCCCCAUUAAUAAAUCACUACACUAGUAGAAAGAUACUAUUACACACGCAUGUAUCUAUUGCUUUGUUGUAUAUAAGCAGCCCUUUCAAUCUCUCUCUCUCUCUCUCAACAGAAAAAGAUGAGAUCGAUGAAUCUGGUAGAUUCAUGGGUCCAAACCUGUUCAAUGUUUAAUCAACCAAGCCGAUGCAGAUCUCUGAUCGGAUUAAUCUACAAUCCAAUCAAGAAGAACACACCCAAUUUCAGAAACUAUCCUUCAUUUCCUCUCAGACAAACCCAACAACGACCCGUCUCAUCUUCCACAGUUUCUGCGAUUCUCACCAAAGAAGAAACAGACAGUUCGAAUCAACAAAUCACCACCCAAUUCGAUUUCAAUGGAUACAUGCUUCUCAAAGCUAAUUCCAUCAACAAAGCCCUCGACGACGCUGUUGUGUUGAGAAAUCCACCAACGAUCCACGAAGCCAUGAGAUACUCUCUCCUCGCCGGCGGCAAGAGGGUUCGCCCGGUGCUCUGCAUCGCCUCCUGCGAGCUCGUCGGCGGCGGAGAAUCUCAGGCAAUGCCGGCUGCUUGCGCCGUCGAGAUGAUCCACACCAUGUCGUUGAUUCACGACGAUCUUCCCUGUAUGGACAACGACGAUCUCCGCCGAGGAAAACCCACCAACCACAAGGUCUUCGGCGAGGACGUGGCGGUCCUCGCCGGCGAUUCCCUCCUCGCUUUCGCCUUCGAAUUCGUCGCCACAUCAACAAUCGGAGUCUCCCCAACUCGAAUCCUCGCCGCAAUCGGUGAAUUAGCAAAGUCAAUCGGAGCAGAGGGGCUCGUAGCAGGGCAAGUUGUGGAUUUGAAUUGCACUGGAAUGUCGAAUGUUGGAUUGGAUGAGCUCGAAUUCAUUCACAUACACAAGACUGCUGCAUUGCUUGAAGCUUCGGUUGUGCUGGGUGCGAUAUUGGGUGGUGGAGACGAACAACAGGUAGAGAAAUUGAGGAAGUUUGCAAGGUGUAUUGGGUUGUUGUUUCAGGUAGUGGAUGAUAUUCUGGAUGUGACAAAGUCAUCAAUGGAGUUGGGGAAGACGGCGGGGAAGGACUUGGUGGUGGAUAAGGCAACGUAUCCGAAGCUGAUGGGUUUGGAGAAAUCGAGGGAAUUUGCAGACAAGUUGAAGGUGGAAGCCAUAGAUUUGCUUUCUGGGUUUGAUGAGGGUAAAGCGGCUCCAUUGGUGGCUCUGACCAAUUACAUUGCUCAUCGGCAGAAUUAGCGUAAAAAAAAAUUGUUUGGGAGGAGAUGAUAACAUUAUGAGGGUUUUGAAUGUUUGUUUUGUAACAAUUUUUAUAGAAAUUAUCAUUCCUUAAUUGGAAUCUUACUACUGUGUUGUUGAAUGAAGAGAUAUUAUUAUUUUGUUGCUACUACAAUCUCCAUCUUCAUGUCAAUUAUCAAACUUAAGAAUCAGUAUGUAAUUUAAUUUCAAUUAUCAAAUUAUGUGAGA